CUCCAACCUUGCAAGUCAUCCUUAGUGUAAUUGUUUGGUGGAACGUCACACCUCCAAUGGGUAAGUUUCGAAACCUAGUGGACACCUCGGCAGGAAUGGAUGAGUUCCGCCGAAGAUAUAACAUUCCCAAUGAUGUCACAUUGACAUUGGCGGCGGUAGACGCAGAUCGGUCGUGUACGAGAACCACAAUGCCCUUCUCAAUUGCCUCCGUCGUAGAGGGGGGUGUUAGGUUUCCGUUGAACCCUUUGUUGUGUCGAUUCUUUUCUUAUUUCGAACUUACACCAAUGCAAAUAUCAAUGAACACAUUUAGAGUGGUAAACGGUGUCUCAGUUUUGAACGACCUCUUAGACUUGGACUUGGGUAUUUGGGAUAUCCUUCAUUGCUACUCCUUGUGUCGUAAUAAAGGUGGUAAAACCUAUUAUGUCAAAGUUCGGUCGUUGGACCUCCAACUCGUUACUGAACUUCCUGAUAAUGACAAGCAUUGCUCUGAUUUCCUUCAAGUCGGAGGUAAUUGGGAGUUUGCGGCCGAGGAGGUGGGCCGAUCGAAGCGGGUUCCACGAGAGAACGGCCACCCAGGUUCAAAGAAGCUAAAAAGGAGGCCGGAGAAAGAGCAUCCGAGGGAUAUCAAAGUUGCACUAAGGUACGAAGAUCGGUCGGCCUCGCAUUUGCUUAACUAUGUGCGAACUUACAGACAUGUCAUCCAACGGAAACCCAAAGUAAACAACUUCUCGAGGGACUCACUUGAGAUUGAAACCGAAGAACAAGUUGGCCAUACUACCGGAGCUUCCUCUUCCGCUGUUGUUUGUUCAUCAAGUGGAUCACUCAGUAGAGGCUACUCUCCGUCGCCAGACUUAGCAAGCGAAAUGGCUCGUCGCCAAAAGCUCAAUCUUGAUGCCUUAGUCUUUGGAUCUGAUGAUGAGGACCUUCUAGCUGUUUCGACGGUUGACACACGAGUUUCUUCUCCACCGAUUGAGAGGUCUAAGGGUGGACAAAAGCAUGUUGUUAUUCCUCUUCCUCCCGUUGCUACUCUUGCUCUUCCCGCUGAUAGGGCCUCAAAGAGGAAGAGAUCCAAAGGUAAAGAAGUUGCUGGGGGUUCUAAUGAGCAGGGCUCAGUUGAAGAAUGGGUGCCUCCCUUGGAGCAUAAUGGCCGAGCUAUCACUACAUCGGACAGCACAAUCUACUCAAGCGACUUGGCCUUUGACUUAUCAAAGACAUUGCUGUUACCUUGGGAUAUGGCAGAGCAAAACAUUUCAAGUGACGUGUUGAUCAAGGGUUCGGUGCAGAUGUUAACCGCAGUAAGUCUUCUUUUAUGUCUUUGUCAUUUACUUAAAUUUGGUUGUUGA